CGCCUUGCGAAGAACGAACAUGGCAUCAAGGGUAAGUAGCUUGGAGAACAGCGCGAUCAACCUCAGCGUCUUCCGUGAAGAUGCGCGCCGCGAACUCUUCGGCAUAUUGGAUAGUCUUCGCGACAAGGAACGCUCCAAUCUGUCCUUGGUAUUGGACCCGGAGCUCAGUGGCCUCGUGGCUCAAGUGCUUGUCGAAGGUGCUGGAGUGCUCAAGGACCAUGGAAUUGUGCAGUUCAAAGAACUCACGGUGGACAUUGGUCCCGGGCCGCCAUCUGGGUGCGAUGUGAUGGUGUUCAUUGUCCGUCCGAGCGUCGCGGCUGUCCAUCAAGUCGCGACCACCAUCAAAGGUGUUCGUGUCAUCGUCCACGUUGUCACUGACCCAUGCCCGUAGCUCUCGCGGGGAAGGUCAAGCUGCGCUUCCAUCUCUACUACGCGCCCAAGCGAACGUUGGCUUGCGACGAAAUGCUCAAGAAAGCCGGCGUCAUGGGCUCGCUCGUGAUCGGCGAAUUUCCCAUGGAUUUGGUGCCCGUGGAGGAGGACAUUUUGAGUCUAGAACUGUCAGACGGGUUCAACGACCUGUUUGUCCACAACGAUCGAAGCAGCCUGCACACCGUGGCGGGGUCCGUGAAUAAGCUCCAGUCGCUGUUUGGUCUCAUCCCAAACGUCAAGUACAAGGGGUCCAUGUCGCAAGUCGUGGUCGAGUCCAUGGCGUUGUUUCAAAAGAAGCGGCAGGCGGAAGGCCAUGGCGUCGGUUCCGUCGAGCCCGAGAUCGACACGCUGAUCCUGCUCGAUCGUACCGUGGACCUAGUGUCGCCGCUCGUCACUCCGUUCACGUACGAAGGCCUGUUGGACGAGAUCAUCGGCAUCACCAACGGGGUCGUCAAGGUGGACGCAGAGCUCGUCGAGGACGAUUCAGACAAGGCCAAGAAACAACCAGCGGCGGCCGGACUCGUCCCCGUCAACUUGAACUCGACGGACGCCUUGUACGCCGAAGUGCGCGACUAUCACACGGAGCGGUUGGGUGCGCAUUUGCAGAACAAAGCGCGCGAAAUUCGAGAACGAUACGAGGAAUUCCGCAAGAAAAACGCAUCGAUUUCGGAAAUCCGCGACUUUGUCAAGCGCAUUCCUGGCCUCAAGCAGUCGUACGCGGCGCUGCAGCUCCACAUCAACUUUGCCGAGUUGAUCAAGCGGACGACGGAUUCCAAGGCCUUUACAGACUUGUGGCACCAUGAACGGUCCAUGUUGGAAGGCCAGUCGUUGCUCGAAGAACUGGAGGAACUGAUCGGGUGCCAGGAACCUCUGCUUAAAGUGCUAAGGCUGCUGUGUCUGCAGUCGCUCACGACUGGCGGGAUCAAAGCCAAGUCAUUCGACUUACUGCGCCGGGAACUCAUCCAAACGUACGGGUUUGAGAUGCUGCUGAUCUUGGGCAACCUUGAAAAAGUCGGACUUCUCCGCCGCCAAGACAGCUUGUUCCCCGUCGCCACUUCGUCGGCCUUCCUCACCGUGCGCAAGUCGCUGCGCCUUAUCAAUGACAACGUGAACGUGCUCAACCCCAAAGAUAUUGCGUAUGUGACAAAGGGGUAUGCGCCGUUGAGCGUCCGGCUGGUGGAAAUCGCUGCGACCAACAAGAUGACCCACACGACCGGAUGGAAGACGAUCCAGGACACGAUGAAGCAGCUGCCGGGGCCGAGCGAGGAAUUUUCGCAGGCUCCGCCGGUCGCCGAAGCCCCCGGUACGACGCGGCACGCAAAAUGGGACAUGUGACGCUGUUUGUAGGGGCGACGACGGAUAAGAAGGACAAGGGGUUUGGCGCGGACGAACGCAAGGUCAUGGUCGUGUUCUUUGUCGGGGGGGUGACGUUUAUGGAAAUCGCGGCGCUGCGCCACCUGUCCAAGCAGCCAGAAUGUCCAUUUGACAUUGUGAUUGCUACGACCAAAAUCCUCAACGGCAACGGCUUGAUCAAGUCGAUUGUGGACCCCGAACUGGUCACGGCGCUCAAGUUGUAAACCAUAGACCGCCAUUUUGUGGUUAAUUUCGAAAAAGAUCUGGUAUAUUUCGUGAAAUUCCAUUGACGUUAGCAAUAUCGAAAUUAACCGCAAAAUGGUGUUACUGUAAUGCGUACUAGUAGUACAAUUUUCACGAUGUCUGAAAUACUAGUAGUCUAUACAUACGAUUAGCAACCUCAAUCCAAAACGAAC